GUAGCAGAGUUGUCAGUUGUCUGAGCGAUCUCAAGCAAGCGUGAGCAAGCGUUUAUUAAGCGGCUAUUUACUAUAUACUUCACCAUGCACCCAAUCGAUUUGGCUACAACAAACAGCCUGCGACCAACAUCGCCAUUGCCAGCUAGCAUUCAGCCAUGCUUUAAGUUCACCGGCGAUCAGCAGGAAUUAACGCCAAGCAUUGCUGAGCUUGUGGCCCAGAAGACGGCGCAGAAGGAAUUCUUCUAUGGCAUCGAGAUAAUGGCCCAAAACGAGGGCAAAGCCCAUUGUGUGGACUUUCAUGACUUUUUGCCGCUGCUGCCCUCGUUCAUUAGCUUUGUGUGGCUGAAGCAGUUUACCGAUGCCAUUCGACGCACUGGCAACUUUGAUGACGUGACCAGCAUCCAAUUGAUUCCCCAACUCAACUCUCACAUUGCCGCGAUGCCGCAUCUGUCUCUCUAUCGUCUAACCCAACAGCAUGUGGAUGCGUUUGCGGCACUGAAUCUCAGCAAUGUGCUCGUCGUUCGUGGCGAUAGUUUGGAUGAGCAACAGGACUAUCGUUAUGCCUAUCAGGUGGUGGAGUAUCUGCGACGUGUCCGGGGAGAUAAUAUCUCAAUUGCUGUCGGCGGUUAUCCCGAAGGCUACACGAGCUUGACCAGCGAUGCUCCGAAUAAGACCCAAGACAUGAAGUACUUGAAGCAAAAGAUCGAUGUCGGUGCCAAUUUGAUUAUCACACAAUUGUGUUACUCUGGCGACAAAAUCAUAGAGUUCAUAAAGGACGCCCGCAGUGCAGGAAUUACUGCUCCGAUUUUGGUUGGCAUUAUAGUGCCGUAUUCCUUUUCCAACUAUCAGAUUAUCGAGCGAAUUACUGGAGUCCGUCUCUCGCCUGAGGCACGAAUUGAAGUGGAGCAGCUGAGCAGCGAUGACACAAAAGUCAAGAAUUAUUUUGUGCAAUUAAUGGUGCGAAUUAUACAACAGAUCUUGGAGGCUGACUUGGGAAUAUAUGGUAUUCAAUUCUUUACGCUCAAUCAUAUUGAACCCACUGUUGAGGUGUUGCGUGAGCUGCGCUUGAGGGGAAUACCCAAGGAGACGGCAGCUGAUGAUUAGUCAAGCAAAUGUAAUAUGAAAAUAAAUAAAGCAAACUUGCUUUGCAAAGUGCAAUUAAUAAA